AGUCACACAGGAGAUGAACUUUUUUAUGAAUGUGGUUCAAAAGUCAAGCGAUUUUCUCCUUCAAUGAAAGAUGGGGGAAGACCCAGAUCGGGAAAUCGAGGAGAUUAUUCAGGAGAUGGAUUACAUCCCCGGGCACUUUCAUCUGGAAUUGAAUUUAAACUUGGAGCCUUUACAACCCGAGAGGCUGCGGCGGAGAGACGCGAAGCUGAAGCGGGACAGCCUGCAGCUGGAGGCGGAGGAGGGCGCUCAGCGCUUCGCCGUGCGCAAUCUGCUGGGCGUCUUUGCCUUCUACCUGGACGAAUAUCAGGCAGCCGAAGAGAUCUUCUCCAGCGUCUGCCAGGAGGAGCCGGGCAACCUGAACGCCUGGGCCAACCUGGGUUACGUGUACGACCGGCUGCAGAAGGAGGCACAGGCGGCUGAGUGCGUGGAGCGGCUGUCCCAGCUGAUGGGCUUGAAGCAGGGGGAGGAGGACGAGUCGCUGCGGCCGCUCCAUGCAGCCAGGUGCCUUGCUGAACAGGCUUACGCCAGCGCCUUCGACGUGGGGCUGCAGAGCGAGGAGGAUCAUGCCAAGAAGCUGAGCACAGCCAUUGGGCUCUACGACAAAGCUUUGCUUUAUGCCAAGAACAGGGUAACUUCAGAAGAAAAAAGAAGUUGGUAUUUCACAAUGGCUACCAUGUUUAUUAGACUGGAUGGAAUAUUAAUGAACAAGGAUCCCUCUGCUUGUAAGCGCCUGUUAUUUUUCAACAGAUCAUUGCAGUUACUGCGGGAGGUUCUCAAGUCUGACAGUGCUCAAUAUAGAGCUCUUGCUUGGUGUUAUUUGGGAAUGAUGCUGGAGAGGACAAACUCAUUCCCCGAUACCCCAAUGGCAGUUCAUGAUUGCGGCUACUCUGGGACUGAUCCACUCGACUGUUAUGGACAGGCUAUUGAAACAGCAAAAACGGAUCCGUUCAUCCUGAAUCUGCUUGCCAAAGUUUUUCAUUUCCUUGGCAAACAAGACAUGGCAACUGGUAUCUGUAAUAUGGCCUUGAAUAUUCUUCCAGAUCCAGGAACAAACUGGCAAGCUUACAGCACGAGGGCAAAGAUUUUUAUAAAACUGUAUACCCGAGGCCUUGAGCGUGUCAAGAUGGGUCAGAGUGGUGUGCCAGACAGACAGCUACUAACUAAAGCAAAAGCUGAUUUGGAUUUAAUACUGUCUGUGUGGCCCUGCCUAAAAACAUACUUGGAUAUGGGACAGGUCUGUUACUACAUGGGUGUUGAUGCUGUGCAGGAACUCCAAUUGGUGGAUGAAAGUGCACUUAACAGUGCUUUAGUUUUCUUCGCCAAAGCCAUGGAGUGUGACUUGGGAGAUACGCUGCCUGAGAUCCAGCUCCUGAGAGGGAAGUGUUUACAGGUCAAAGGUGAAGAGCACAAUGCAGUUGAGUGCUUCAAGCAGGCAAUUGAACUCGAUGACGUAGGAUCCCAGUACUCUGAGACUUUCCGCUGCCUCAUUGAGUCACUACUGUCAUUGUUUAUGCAGGGAAAAUCCAGUCAGGAAAUGGUUAUCCAUGAGGUGGAAAUAUGGGUGGAAAAGGCAGAAGCAAAGUAUCAAAUAGAGAGAGUCAAGCAGGAACUGCGCUCAGUUUGUCGAAACCAUAUGCCAAAGAUUUUAAAACUCUCCAGAGCCAUGAUUGUAGCUGGAAAGCUGCAAAUAGUAAAGUUACUGUUAGAAACAAUGAAUCCUGAACAUACCUGAGUUAAGAAGAGGCCAGUUAUGGAGUAAUUUGUGUGAAGACCCUCGCCACAUGUCUGUAAAAUCCACUACUUGAUGGACUCAGAUUGUCAACAAGCCUUGCCUUUUGGGCCUCUUGUUGUAUCUUCAAAUGGAACAAACUUUGGAUGGUCUGAGGCUAAAUUAGAUUUCCAAUCUCAUGUUUUCACCAUCAUUUUGCUUCUCUGUUGGCUGAACUGCAAAAUUUGGUGUAAAAUUAACCACCAGCAGAAUUUGGUUGGAAUAUAGUUCUUUAAAACAUCACCCUCAGACACCACCUUCCAAACCCACGACUACUAUCAUCUAGAAGGACAAGGGCAACAGAUAGAUAGGAACACCACCACCUCGAAGUUCCCCUCCAAGCCGCACAACAUCCUGACUUGGAAAUACGU